GCGGGUGUCUGUGGCCGCGGAGACGUUUGAGGGGAAGCGCCUCGGGCGUGUGCUGCUUUUACGAUGCAGUCUGUUCAUGCUCAAGGGCGCUCUGCCCUGCGGCUUUGGAUACCGCACUCUCUUCUUUGCGGCAAGCAAGUGCCACAACACGCAGCAUACCUAGGCAUGUCCACACAACCCUCUUCCCCUGCCUUCUCCCCGGGGGUCAGGGACAUCAUGCCACUCAAGGUUCACGUCGAUGUCGCAGGCCGCAUAGCCGUCUCCACUCCGACGACCACGGCCGCGGCAUCGCCUGUGCGCGUGGUUGAAGGCGCGGGCAGCGGCUCGGACUCCGACCAGUCCGACACCGACGGCACACCGCAGCCCUGGGCCAUCGGUCCCCCCCCGGGGCUCGACGUCGACAAAGGUUCGCUCGCCCCUGCCAAGCGCACGCCCCUUCGCAGCCAGGCCGCCCUGUACCAGCCCCUCCGCAGCCUUGCCGAGGCGUUCGUCCCCAAAGGAUCCGCACCGGGGGCUCCAUGGAGGGAGGAGGCGAAGACCACGGUGAUGAUGAAUAACGUUCCCCUCUCCUACACGUGCGACUCGCUGAUCGAUCUGCUGGAGUCCAAGGGAUUCUCGAAGUGGUUUGUCGGCGGAUUUUGUCUACCUCCCGAUCAAUUUCGACCAGAUGCUCGGCGUCGGCAUGGUGGCGGAUGCCUUUGUGAAUCUUACUACUCCAGAGAAGGCGGAAGAGUUCAUUCUUGCGUUUGAGGGCUUUGAUGGCUGGGCAUCGUCAUUCUCUAAAACGGCGUGUGCUAUACGUUGGAGCCAUUGCCAGGGCCUCAGUGAGAACAUCGCCCGCUAUCGAAACAGCCCCUUGAUGAGCGAGGAAGUGCCAGCGUUCUACAAGCCAGUCCUUUUUGAAGAUGGCGUGCGGAUCCCGUUCCCCAAGCCUACGAAGCAGUUGCGCACAUUAAGGCGCCGCAAGGCCAAGGUACAGGAUGAAGAUGAUGCAACGGAUAUGGUGAAGGUGCAGGAGGAUUGAACGGACACUGUCACAUAUGUCUGUAUAACGAACCCGAUGAUCUUUUGCUUCUUCUCGAUGCGUUCGUACACGUCUUAUGCAUGUCCUCCAUGCUCCAUUUACUUUUAAGAGUGUGAAUCCCACUUGUAGGACCGCCUCGUAUGUCCUCCAAGGCCUCAAGCGUCCUUGUGAGCGAGGUCAGGUGAGGGUCUUGUACUUCGACCAAGCGGUCCAGCAGAUUGUGCGGCAGCUACCGCGCUGAGAGCUGCCGAUGGCCGUGGCAUCCUGAGAUUCAUCGUCACAGGUCCCCAGUCGCCGUGCUCGUCGUCGUGUUGCGGCUGCGCCGAGUUGUUGGCGGUCUGCUCUGCUUUGUGGCGCGCUGCACCUCGGCUUCUAUUCUGGAGCGCGUUUCUAUUGUCUCACCGUCGGCCUUCCUGAGAUAGGCGUCCGCUGGGGCUCCGAUGCCAGUCCGACCCAUGAGUUUGUUCGGUCUUUUCGGCCUCUUGCCCGCCUGUGCUGUUCCGCCUGCGCGGUCGCGGUGCGCCCGGCGGAGGUCGGCGGAGGGCGGAGGCACGAGUCGUGCAGGCCGAGUCGCUCCAGAGAUUGACGUCGGGCCUGUCCCUUCUACAGGAGGAGUGCUCAAGACUGGCUCCAAG